UUGGUCUGGUCUUCUUACACAACUGAGAAGGCCCUUUUAGUUUUGUCAGUGUUAAAUUUCUGUAUACCUCUUUCUUCUAAUUCAGGCAACCCCAGUACCCACGUUCUCUCUGAUUCAUCGAUUACCCCACAAACCAAUUUCUCUUCUUUCUUCUUCUUCUUUAGUUUUCCCAACACCAUAUUUAUUGCUGCCAUUUUCACCCACCACUCUCUCUUCAGCUCUUUCAAACUGUGCAGCUUCCCCCUGAUUCGACCUUUCCUCUAUAUAUUUGACUCUGGUUUUUCCCAAGUGGGUUGUCUUCGAUCUCUUAAAAGAAGCGUUCUUUGCUCAGAUUCAGAGGUUUGGAGCAUUGUAGGUAUCUGAAUCGGAGCAGCCAUUGCAAGAUUUGAUCUUCUUACGAGUUGUGUAAUUGAGGGCAUGCGCCCUCUCCUGGGAUUGGAUCACCUGGUAGCAUUGGUAGUCUGAGGAUUGAGAUUAGUGUAAAAUGGUCUGAAGGCAAGAGACACUCAUACAUUACUCAUUUGUCGAAAGCAAAUGUCAGGCAAGAUGAUCAACAGACCGUUGCUACUGACUUAUUUUUACCUACUGAUGUAUGUUCUGCUUUCGUCUGGAGUUAUAUUAUACAACAAGUGGGUUCUGUCUCCGAAAUACUUCAAUUUUCCAUUGCCCAUAACACUUACGAUGAUUCAUAUGGGGUUUUCUGGAUUGGUAGCAUUUUUUCUUGUUCGUGUUUUCAAGGUUGUAGCUCCUGUCAAAAUGACAUUCGAAAUAUAUGCAACGUGUGUAAUACCAAUAAGUGCUUUCUUUGCUUCAAGUCUUUGGUUUGGAAACACUGCUUACUUGCAUAUUUCUGUGGCCUUCAUCCAAAUGCUCAAAGCUCUAAUGCCUGUGGCUACUUUCAUCAUGGCUGUUUUAUGUGGCACUGAUAAACCAAGGUGCGACGUGUUCUCAAACAUGUUGCUGGUCAGUGUUGGAGUUGUCGUUUCCUCGUACGGGGAGAUUCAUUUUAACGUAGUUGGUACACUUUACCAGGUUACGGGCAUCUUUGCAGAAGCCCUUAGGCUGGUCUUAACACAAGUCCUUCUGCAGAAGAAGGGUUUGACUUUAAAUCCAAUCACCAGCUUAUACUACAUAGCUCCAUGCAGUUUUGUAUUCCUGUCCGUGCCUUGGUUAUUACUUGAGAAGCCUGCUAUGGAAGUUUCACAAAUUCAGUUCAACUUCUGGAUAUUUUUCUCGAAUGCUCUAUGUGCUUUGGCUUUGAACUUCUCCAUAUUCUUAGUAAUCGGUAGAACUGGAGCAGUUACCAUCCGAGUUGCUGGUGUUUUAAAAGACUGGAUUUUGAUUGCCCUUUCAACUGUUAUAUUUCCAGAGUCUAUCAUAACCAGGCUGAACAUAAUUGGUUAUGCAAUAGCGUUGUGUGGUGUUGUUAUGUACAACUACAUAAAGGUUAAGGAUGUGCGUGCAACUGCAUCUCAGCUGCCUAUUGAUGCUAUUCCAGAGAGAAUCUCAAAGGAUUGGAAGUUGGAGAAAAAGUCUUCUGAUAUUUAUGUGCCUAAUAACGGAGGGGGUUUAUCCUCUGAUAUGAAUGUGGAUGAAGAAACACCCCUAACUCAAUCAUCAAGGUUGUCUCAUGUGGGACGUUCAUCAAUUGGCAGCCAUGGUGCAUGACUCAUUAAGCCAGGAGAUUAAUGUUUGGAGAGGAAAAUCCGGAGUCACAGUAUGGGGGUUCUUUUUGCACUUUAUUCUUUUCAGGGAAGAUUUAACACGAUUUGCUGGGGCAAUUCAUUGGUUUACAUUCAUUUAUAGGGAGAUGUAUCCAUGAUUGGCCUGUUCAAAUUCCAGUUGGUAGCUUAGGACCCAUAGUUGUCGGGUGAAGAAGCUCACCAUUGUUUUGUCGAGGCUCUUGAUGAGAAAGCCUAGGUUUUUAUGUCUUGACAAAUGAUACAGUUUUCUCUGGGCAGUAAAGUAGAAAUCAAACAUUAUCCUACGGUUCGUUC